CAAUUGGCUGUUGCUGUUGUUUGCACUUUGUGGCUUUAUAUUUCACCGAAGAGGGCCUAAGGUGCUGCGUGGCCUCCAGAUCGCAGCUGAAGGAUCUGCAGGUGUCGCCGGGAAGGCGGACGGGUUACACUGACACAGUCGGGUGAAGAUCUCCGGAGACCAUGACCAACAAAAGAGUUGCGGUGAUUGGGUCAGGUGCGAGCGGACUCACGUCCAUCAAGUGCUGCCUGGAAGAAGGCUUGGAGCCCGUCUGCUUUGAAAGGUCGGAUGACAUCGGAGGGCUCUGGAGGUUCCAGGAAAACCCAGAAGAAGGAAGGGCCAGCAUUUACAAGUCUGUGAUCAUUAACACUUCUAAGGAGAUGAUGUGCUUCAGUGACUACCCCAUCCCAGACAGCUACCCUAACUUCAUGCACAACUCCCAAGUCCUGGCGUACUUCAGGAUGUAUGCCAAAGAAUUCGACCUUCUAAAGUACAUUCGGUUCAAGACCACUGUGUGCAGUGUGAAGAGGCAGCCUGAUUUCUCCACUUCAGGCCAAUGGAAGGUGGUCACGGAGUCUGAGGGGCAAACGGAGACAAACAUCUUCGAUGCGGUCAUGGUUUGCACUGGCCAUCACACCGAUGCUCACUUACCCUUGGAAAGCUUCCCUGGAAUUGAAAAGUUCAAAGGACAAUACUUUCACAGCCGAGACUAUAAGAAUCCAGAGAGUUUCGCCGACAAGAGAGUCAUUGUAAUUGGCAUUGGGAAUUCUGGAGGGGAUCUGGCUGUGGAACUCAGCCACACGGCUAAGCAGGUUUUCCUCAGCACCAGGAGAGGGGCUUGGAUCUUAAAUCGUGUAGGAGACUACGGCUAUCCCUUUGAUGUGGUGCUCUCUUCCCGACUUAAACAUUUUCUGCAGAAGAUUUUUGGUCAAUCAGCAACAAAUACAUUUUUGGAAAAACAGAUGAACCAAAGGUUUGACCAUGAAAUGUUUGGCCUGAAGCCUAAACACAGAGCUCUGAGUCAGCAUCCAACGGUAAAUGAUGAUUUGCCAAACCGUAUCAUUUCUGGCAUGGUGAAGGUGAAAACGAACGUGAAGGAGUUCACAGAGACAGCUGCCAUAUUUGAGGAUGGCUCGAGGGAGGAAGACAUCGAUGCUGUUAUCUUUGCUACAGGCUACAGCUUUGACUUUCCUUUUCUGGAAGAUUCUGUCAAAGUAGUUAAAAACAAGAUAUCCCUUUAUAAAAAGGUCUUCCCUCCUAACCUAGAAAAGCCAACUCUUGCAAUCAUAGGCUUGAUCCAACCCUUGGGUGCCAUUAUGCCCGUUUCAGAGCUCCAAGGACGCUGGGCCACUCAAGUAUUUAAAGGACUAAAGACAUUGCCUUCACAAAGUGAAAUGGUAAGAGAAAUAGCUGAGGCUCAAGAGAAAAUUGAAAAAAGGUAUGUGGGCAGCCCGCGCCACACCAUCCAGGGGGACUACGUGAACACCAUGGAAGAGCUCGCUGAGCUGGUGGGCGUCAGGCCCAACCUGCUGUCUCUGGCCUUCACCGACCCCAAGCUGGCACUGAAGUUGUUAUGGGGACCCUGCACCCCAAUCCACUAUCGUCUCCAAGGCCCCGGGAAGUGGGAUGGAGCUCGGAAAGCCAUCCUCAGCACGGAGGAGCGCAUCAGGAAGCCGCUGAUGACCAGGGCAGUGGCGGGGGGUGACUCCACGGUGUCGGUGGCCACAGUGACCAAGUGUGUGCUGGCCGUUGCUUUCUUUGCUAUGAUCAUGGCCUAUUUUUAGCUGUCCCAUUGUCACUGCCCCAGUGUUCUUUGGAAGCUGGAUCUAGAGAUGCCUUCUAGAAACCCGACGAGAUUAAGCACUGCUCAGCUCCAAGUUGCCUAGAGAUCUGCUUUUAUUUCUCUUUCCAAAGCAUUCAUCCUCUUUCUUCUUUUCCCUACAGAGAAAUCACGGCUUUUCACUUGUGUUGGCUUACCUCCCUUCCUCUCACGCCCCAUUGCUUUUUCCUCCCAGUAAUCCCCAGACCGGUGAGCUCAGAUGCCCUUUUAGUCAUUUUGUAUGUCCCUAGCACACUUCUUGACAGGUGGAAGGUGCUUAGUGUUUGCUGUCAUUUAUCAGAUAUUAUGGUGGGGAGCAGAAGCCAAUAUUUGUAUGAGAAAGGGGUGAUCAAUGUAACUGUGCUUCUGGCAGGAUUUGGUUUUCUACUAGAGGUUCACUCUUUUGUUUGUUUUCAAUAUUGUAACUAAAUGUAUUUUUCCUGAGAGGUAAGAGAAAUGAUGGUCUUAUAACAGUUGGAGAGACCUAAGACAAGAUACAUGGGUACUUAAGCAUUUUGUUUCACUAGCUAUUCACUCGUGUCUCCAAUACCUGGUCAUUUUCUCUUUCCCCCUAAGCAACAUGUCUUUAUUUUUUUAACUGCCUUCAAAUUUCUAGGCUCAUGGAUCAUUCUCACAGUCUAGCAGCUGCCAAUAGGUUCAACCUGGUUGAAAAAAUGGGGAUUAUAAAUUAGCCGUCCAGUCUUUUUUUCUCUCUUCGUUCCCGUAUUAGGACACAGCAAGACUUCAUGCCAGGAACUGUGACAAUUAGCCGUGCACCGCUGCAGUGGGGCCUAUAAGUGUGACUGGGUUUUCUCCCCCACUGCUACUGUCUCUCCUCCACCCCCUCCCACACAGAGAGCCUAAGGAAUAAGUAUUUGAAGAGGUCAUUUAUGUAAUUAAUUAGGACUGGUAAUCACUAAACAUAGGGGGUACUCCAUGUGUAACAGUUCUUUUUAUGUCAUACGCUGUAGUUAUGAAAAACAAAGCAAAUGAGAUGAAAACCAGGGCCGCCAGUUUCUGUCCAGCGCUGCUGUUGACUGUUUUCUCAUCUGUAGAUGUUUUGCUCUGUUCUUGUCUCUCAGAGAAGUUAACUAAGAGUUAGCUGUCAGGGACACUGAGUUCCAUGAAGAAAGGUCCUGGAUGGGCCAGCUAGGUGUGUACUCAUAAAUGAGCUGCUGUGCAAGACAUUUUGGGAUUGUUGACAAAAGAAUAUAUUUGCAUAAUGGAAAGAACACCCUUCGAAAUGAUUAUCUUUCCUGGUAUAAACAAGAGAACCAGAAAUGUGAGGACUGCAGCUGCCUUCCGUCACAUAAGUGUUUGCACCAUCCCCCGCUCUUUGGCAGAGUUUCCCUGGGGAAGUGCCUUUUGAGAAUUAGGUCUUGGACUUCUUCCUUCCAUAAUCCUUGUGCUACUGUGAUUUAUCCUCUGCUAAAAUGGAUCUAGUAUCUUUUAAUCUACAUAUUACUCUAGUUAAAAAGUAAAUUGAAAGCCACUUCUUUUUCAUUUCCUUCUUUUAACGUACAGGUUUGCCUCUUUUAGCAUACAAAUUUGUUGAAUUAACAGUCCUUUGACAAUAUAAUUCAUAGCUAUCAGUUAUAAGUAUACCAGUUUCCUCUUUAAAUAAAAAGUAUGUAAUUCUAAA